UGCAGGCAGUCCUGGCAGACAGACAGCCCAAGCUGCUUUGGCACUUCCUGGCUGUGGACUGCAUUAUGAGAAAGUCAAUGACUCCUUUUGUCUUUCUUCCUGUCUUCGUUGGCCUGGUUCUAUCAGGCACCCAGGGAGAAAUAAUCCCCCGAUGUGACCUGGUGAAGAUCCUACUUCAAAAUGGCUUUGAGGGCUUUGAGGGCAAAACUGUAGCUGACUGGGUCUGUCUGGUGGCACACGAGAGCAGUUACAACACUAAAGCGUUUCAUGACGAUGGUCCAAGCAGGGACUAUGGGAUUUUUCAGAUCAACAGUCAGUACUGGUGUGAGGAUGGCAGGACCCGUGGAUCCAGGAAUGCCUGCCAUAUCCGUUGCUCAGCAUUACUAGAUAAUAAUAUUGAGGAUGACAUUCAGUGUGCAAAGAAGAUUGCUGAAGAGGCGAAGGGCCUCAGUCCCUGGUAUGGCUGGAGAGACUAUUGUGAGGGCAAAGACCUGAGUUCCUACGUCAAGGGUUGUUAAAUCACCCCACAAGUAGCAACUGUUUCCUCAGGAUCCCCAAGUAUGAAGAGUAAGGCUGUAUGGAACAGGGGCCAGGAAAAACGGAUGGGUGUGGGAAACUGAGAGCAGCAUAUUAUUAGGGUAGAAAGAGUGGUGGCUAUUGGUAAUGCUAUGAGCCCUUUGCGCUACUGCAAUUCAAAUAGAGAACUCUGGAAGAGUGUUUUUUCCAAAUGAAGGUUGAAUCCAGAAACAGUACACAAACAGAAGGUGGCAAUACUGAAACCAUAUUUGCUUCUGCAUACGCUUUGUUCUGAGAUAUGCUAAGCAGUGACUACUUUUAUGUUCAUGCAAUAAAGUGAUGC